AUGGUCGCCAUAACCAACAAAUCCACCACCCACCGCGUCGCCAUCGCCGUCGGCGAAGUCCGCUUCUCAAACCCCGACCCCUGUCUGCUGAUCGCCGCCAACGCGCUCAAGAAGGGGGACGUGCUCGCCGUGGCACGCAUCGCGGGCAUCAUGGCCGCCAAAGCCACGCCUACUCUCAUCCCGCUCUGCCAUCCUAUCCAGAUCACGAAGGUUGCUGUGGAUAUGUGGCUGGACGAGAUGUUGGGCGGGGAGGCGGAGGUGGGUAAGGAUCAGGGCGGGCUUAAAGCUUUCGGCGGCGUGAAGAUCGAAGCGAGAGUCGAGUGCCAGGGGCAAACCGGUGUGGAGAUGGAGGCGUUGACUGCGGUUAGUGUGGCUGGGCUGACGGUUUUCGAUAUGUGCAAGGCAGUGGACAGAGGCAUGGUCAUUGACGGUGUAAGGGUUGUGAGCAAGAGCGGAGGAAAGAGUGGAGAUUGGGUGGAUGGGAGAAGGAUGCAUGGCGGCAGAAUAGAGGGCGGUGGUGGCACGAAGAGAUUGGAAGCGUGA